AUGGUUGGCUAUUUUAAAUUUAAACGAAAACAUGGUGAGGGUGCUUUUGCAGAUCAUGCUGCUGCUGUUGCAGUCACAGAGUUGUUGAAGGACUAUAAUUUAAAAGACAUUUAUAAUAUGAAUGAAACAAUUUUAUUUUACCGAUAUGCGUCAACAACUCGUCUCAAAGAAAAGAAGAAAGAUAAGACGACUGACAUUGGCGCUAUGUUUGGCAAUGCAGACGGGUCUGAUAAAAUGAAGCCAUUGGUUAUUGUGUGGAUGACUGAAUUAUUAUUUCAAUCAUGGAUUUCACAUACGGAAGAAGAUGGAUGUAAGAAUACAUCAACUAUUCAGAAGAGAAUGAGACAGAGGAAAUACCAACUGAUCAAGAAAUGA